AGGACAGCUUUGUUUUAAGGGAAUCAGAACCAAGACCAGCUGCCUGUAACGGUCCCGGUUCAAUCCGGAGAUGCUGCUGAAUUUACCGGGGGUGUGUCGGGGGUGGUGGUUACAAGCAUCGAGAACUCGCGUUAAAACUUUCUGAGCAACAAGUGAGCCGCUGGGGAGCCGUUAGCCGGGGUCAUGGAGAGGGUCUACCCUGCUGUCAUCUCUCCAUCCCACCUCCACUGCAACACAUUAUACUGACUCAAGUCCCCGGGACAGUUUGUGGAUGUGCACGCAGGGCACGGUACUCCCGUGAAACUGCACCAAUUUCAACAGUCGGCAUCAAAAGACUGUUCCCACCUUCCCAAAACGAAAACAAAGCUUAUCCUGAACACGGGGUGCACCUGCCUCGAAGCUGGACCGCUCUUGUUUCGUAGAUGCGCAUCUUCAUGAUCAGUUGUACCUUUGUCGCUCGUUUCGCAUCGGUAGUGGUUGCAUCAUUUUUUUUUUGUUUGGACGGCUCGGUAACGUUUUGCUUUUUGAAGCAGUAGCGUUUGCGCCAGCCAUGAAGUUAUAUUUCCAAAUCCUCAUGCUACUUUGGUGCUUUGUGGAUAUAUCAAAGGCUGCCAAAAUUGUGGUUGUGCCGCCGAUUAUGUUUGAAAGCCAUCUCUACAUUUUCAAGACUCUCGCUAAAGCUUUGCAUGAGCAUGGACAUGAUACUGUGUUUGCAGUGUCAGAAGGUAGAGAAAUCCCUUCCUCAAAUUACUUUAGAUUGCUGCGGUAUCCUGGCUUCUUCAAUAGCACAACGGCAGAUGAAUUUUUGCAGUCUAAGAUGCGGAACAUAUUCUCAGGAAGACUAACGGCACUAGAACUCUUUGACAUUCUGGAGCAUUACUCCAAGAACUGUGACAUCAUGGUUGGCAGUCAGAGUUUCAUUGCACAGCUCAAAGAGGAAAAAUUUGACUUGCUUUUGGUGGACCCAAAUGAAAUGUGUGGCUUUGUCAUUGCGCAUCUUCUGGGAGUGAAGUAUGCUGUCUUUUCUACUGGUCUCUGGUACCCAACAGAAGUUGGUGCUCCAACACCAUUAGCCUACGUACCAGAAUUCAACUCUCUCCUUACUGACAAGAUGAAUUUAUUUCAACGAAUUACAAAUAUUGCAGUAUAUUUGGUGUCACGUUUUGGUGUGAAUUUUCUGUUCUUGCCAAAAUAUGAGCGAAUUAUGCUGAAAUAUAAAAUUGAGCCCGAACGUUCCAUGUACGAUUUAAUACAGGGUUCCAGCUUAUGGAUGCUUUGCACGGAUGUAGCACUGGAGUUUCCUCGACCAACUUUGCCCAAUGUUGUGUAUGUGGGAGGAAUUUUGACUAAACCUGCAAGCCUUCUACCAGAAGACUUCAUGACCUGGGCGGAUGAUGCUAAAGAGGAAGGCUUUGUCCUUGUGUCUUUUGGAGCUGGUGUGAAAUAUCUGUCGGAUGAUGUUGCGCAUAAAUUAGCAGGAGCUCUGGCACGGCUUCCUCAGAAAGUAGUGUGGAGGUAUUCUGGAAAGAAGCCUGUCAAUUUGGGAAAUAAUACAAGGCUUGUGGAAUGGAUGCCCCAAAACGAUUUACUUGGUCAUCCAAACAUCAGAGGAUUUCUCAGCCAUGGUGGUCUGAAUGGUAUCUUUGAAGCAAUGUAUCAUGGUGUACCUGUAGUAGGGAUCCCUCUUUUUGGUGACCACUAUGAUACAAUGACCCGCGUGCAUGCCAAAGGCAUGGGCAUCUCAUUAAACUGGAAAACAAUGACAGAACAUGAUCUAUAUAAUGCAUUGUUGACCGUGAUUACUGAUCCAUGUUACAAGCAACGUGCUGAACAGUUAUCCCAGAUUCAUAGAGACCAGCCUGAGCAUCCUGUGAGCCGAACUGUUUACUGGAUUAACUACAUUCUUCGUUACAGUGGAGCAGAACAUCUCCGUGCUGCUGUUUAUGGCAUCCGGUUCUACCAGUAUUACUUGUUGGAUGCAAUUCUGCUCAUUUCAUUGAGCUUUACUGUUGCAUUCAAGAUGGGAUUGUGGAUAGUAAGGCUGAUUGCUAAAAGGUUUUCAUAUAAAUUAGUGCAUGGUAAAACAAAUGGACACUGCUACAAUGGAAUAGCAAAUGGUAAACACCGGAAGAAUGGCCACAUCAAAUAUGAAAAGAAAGUGAAAUGAAUAACCUUGUCUAUCCUCUAAUACUGGGAUAUUUUUAACAGUUAACUAUACUGUUGGUAUAAUACUACCUGUGUAACACACUACUGACAGCACUUAGGAAAAUAACUGUUAACUGUUAACAUUCUUCACCAAUUAACCUCGUUUUGCCUAAAAUUCCAUGUGCUGACUCAAGGACCGAUGAGCACAAUUUAAAAUGCAAUAUUGUAUAAGUGAUUCUUGGUAUUUCUGCACAAAUUACUUUGGCACUGAAACUGUAAAGGGCCUUAAUUCUUGGAACAUCUUAUUAUGGAUUUUUAUAAAUUGAUUUGCGAUUUAAGUGUUUUGUGUGCCCCACUUUUUUAAAAAAAACAAAGAUGAAGGGUUUGAUACUUGGGUAAAAUUCAUUCUGUUGAAUUUAUUUUUUGUUUUAUUUUUGGAGUUGACAGAGGAUUAUGUUAGCCAGGACUGCAUUGAAUAAUACACUAAUCCGAUUGUGAUGGUGGUCUAGUCAAUUAGUGGACCCUUAUGAAGGCGUUUUACUUGUUGACGUUGAAUAUUUUCCUUCUGACGAAAAACAGGGUGGUAAGAUCUGUUGAAUACUAAAAGAUUGAAUGUUUUCCACCAUUUGAGAUUUUUUUUUAAAAUAGGUUGGGCACAAAUCCAGGUAUCUCUCAUGUGCAAAUCCUUCACAAAAUCAGUCAGCAUGUAAUUUGAACAUCUUGUCAACUAGUGCUCAGUGACAACAGAAUGUUCACCUUUUCAGGUUUGUUUUGAACUUAAUUGCAAAUUGUGGAGUUGAUGAGGUACAAACAUAUUGUGUAUCUUCGAACGUGCUAAUGUCAUAAUUCACAACUGAGAAAUGAAGCACAGUUCUUUACAACAUGAAUUAAACAACACACUUUUAGAUGCACAAUUUUUUUUUAAACUUUAAGUGCUCUGCAAAUCCCAUUUAAAAAUACUGCAUUUGUGGUGGGUGACGACAUUUCCAACAUCGCAUUUCAUUGAAAUUUAGGUGUAUCACCUAUUCAACAGAGUAGAUUUUUUAAUGUAAAUUAAAACAUGAAAUAUAGCAGUAACAAUUAUCCAUCACCAUCUGAUUUUAGAAUAUGUAUUGAAUAAAAAGUGGUUUGAAAAUUAAUUUUUCAACAAUGUGCUGGAAGGUUUAGGUUCCAUCAUGAAUGGACAUUUUGGAUAUAUGAACCAAGGUGAUGGUUUAUAUUCUCUUAUUUUUGCUACCUCAUCUUGGUCAACUCUGUUUUGAUGCACAACUUCUAAAUAAGAGGUCAUAUUUGCAGCACAGAUGAAACAGCUCCCUGUAUUGUUGCCCAUCAUUCGCCAAAGUACUUUUACAUGGCCUUUAUAUUUUCCCAUUAAAAUAUAGAUGAAUUGUACAUCAAAGGCUAUUAAUUUUCAAUGAUUUCAUCUUGGCAGCUUCGUGUUGUUUUGAACGUCUCUGGGGCACACAAUUCACUGUUGUGUAACUACUCUACUUAAGAAAGCCCUGUGCUGCUUCCUGUAUCUGUCAUAGUUUGUCUACAGUGUGACGUGUUUACUUGCAAUAUGUAGUAGACCUGCUGUGAGUGUAAAUUUUAUUUAUUGUAAUUAGAAUUCACAUGUCUGACUAAGAAAAGCAGAGUAUUUCAAUAUUCAAUAUCACUAUUGCCUUCUUGAUUUUCACUAAUUUGUGACCCAAAUAAGGAUUGUAACUUGAUUCUAUCCCACUUGGAGCCACAAGUGACCACUGAAUGUAGGGAAAUAGACAGGAGUAUAAAUAGCUAAUAACUUGAAGUAACCGAACAAGAGAGAGUUGAUGUAAAAGUUUAAUUAUCUUUACUUCUGUUCAAUACUGCCAUGAAGUGGCCAUUGGCAAUGCAGAUAAACUGCUUUGAAAGGCAAUGAGUAGUGGGGUGAUAACUGUCAUCUUAACAUGUACCGUAUGCAGAUAUUUGUUUUAAAGUAUAAUAACAGAUGCAGUGUCUCCAAUCUGAGGGAAGUUGAGCUAAGCCUAAAGCUGUGAUAAAGUCGAGUAAUAAGCACUGAUUACACAGCCUGAAACCUUUUUUAUGUAUAUAUAAAAAUAUAAAUGUCUAAUUACAGCUACCGUUUUAAAUACAUACACUUAUCUGUUAUUGCAAGAAAGUUAAAUAAAUACGAAACAUUAAUAGUUGUG